AUGGAAAUGGACAGAAAUAUAGAAAUUUAUGUGAAUGGUUCUGGUGAGCGUAUUAACGUCAACAUGGACUUUAAAAGGUUUUUAUUUUUAUUUUCUUCUUGCUCUUAUCAUUCCAUCCUCGAUUCUUCUGCUUAUGAAAUUAAAAUUUGUGAUGACAAUUCACUGCUUAGUGUUCGUUUCUACUUCAACUUUGUGUCGGAACUUAAAGAACAUUCGCAAAAGGAAAGCGACAAUUGUAAUGAUAAAACAUUAAGUGCUUUUGAGUUGAAGACAUUUGAGAGAAAAAGAAAUUUUCUUCAAUUCACUUGGAUAUCAAUGGAUGGCAAAAGAAAAAAGAGAGAAACGAUCCAUCCAUCCAUCCUUUUGCAUCUAAAUAUGGAUGGAUUGAAAUCAAAUCCACGUUUUGAAGCUUUAACAGCCCCACGAUUCGCUUUAGCAUAA